AUGGCGCCUAUCAUCCACGCCGUCCGCCACGCCCAGGGCCUCCACAACCUUUGCACCGCCAACCACGUCAUCCAAGAUCCCCUCCUCACACAUCUCGGCCACGAACAAUGCGCUAAGUUGCAAGCUACUUUCCCCAAGCAUACCCAGAUCGACCUGGUGACCGCAUCUCCUCUCCGCCGAACUAUCUACACUGCCCUCGAGAGCUUCGGGCCCGUCUUCGAGUCCCACCCGGACAUGAAGCUGAUUGCCCUGCCGGACACCCAGGAGACCUCCGACGUGCCGUGCGAUACUGGCAGUGAGCCCGAGGCUCUGCAGGAGGAGUUUGCGGGAAAGCCGGUUGAUUUGGAGCUUGUGCACAAGGGAUGGAAUAACAAGGAAGGUCGCUAUGCGCCUACGAACCGGGCGCUUAAGCAGCGCGCGCGUGCUGCGCGCCGGUGGCUGAAGGCUCGUCCCGAGAAGGAGAUUGUUCUCGUCACUCACGGUGGUUUCCUGCACUACUUUACCGAGGACUGGGAGGACAGCAGCCAGUACCAGGGAACUGGCUGGGUGAACACCGAAUACCGCACCUACACCUUCACAGACGAGGCGCACAACGAGGAUCUGGAGGGUCACCCUCUGGACGGUGACAAUGCCACUCUGACUGAAACUCUCGAGUCACGGCAACGGCGCGGCAAGGCCGGCCCCAUGCCUGACCGUGAGCAGCAGAAGACAUUGUACAAGCUCGGCACGCAGGGCUGGGACGACCAGGGCUUACAGAUGAGCACUGCCGAGCGGGAUGCCGCCAAGGUUCCUGGUGGUAAGGAGGUUGACGGCGUUCGUGUAUAG